AUGGCGAAGCAACACAAGUACCUCCUCGACAUCAUCGAGGAGGGCACCAUCCGGCCGGGCUCGGAGCGCGAGGCCGAGGGGGUCGCGCUGCACGUGCGCUACAAGAACGUCGGCGUUGCGGACGGCCUCAUCGCGGCCAAGAUCGACACGUUCUUCGAGAACCUGGCGAGGACCCUGUCCCGCCAACUCUACGGUCUUCAGUGA